GUUUUAUAUUCUCUCUCUCUCUUUUCUUUAAAGUAUCCUUUUCUUUACUCCCUCUCUCUCUGUAUGUGUAAGCAUAUCAGCAACAUGACGGAGCUAUGUUUAACAAAGGCUACUGUCAAACUACCAAAAAAAACAAGAAAUAACUCAUGUCUGAAGGAAAGUGUGCCAGAUAUUCUUGUUAACGAAAGAGUAUACUUUGAUGGCUAUAGAGUGACCAAAGAUGAUAUCAUUGUCUUAUUUAAGGAUUAUGGUCCUAUAAAAAUUGAUAUUAACCAAAUAAAAGGAAAUAUAUGCUCUGGUUAUAUCCAAUUUAGGACCAAAGAGAUAGCUGAUCGGGCCUACACUUUAUUCAACUGCAUCAAAUCCGAUGCAGAACUGCAACUUAAGAUAAAUCCACCACAUAAAGCAGAACCAGAAGUAGAAGCGAACGUUUUAUAUAUUCAAAACCUGUCAUAUAAGAUGUCCCCCGGGCUAAUUUAUGAUCUAUUCAGACCUUUUGGACCCAUCAACUCAUGCAAAAUGUCAGAAGGUUCCACAACAGCUUUGUUACAAUACUUUAAAUCAAAGAACGCAUAUGAUGCACAGCGGAAGAUGAGCGGCAAGCUAGUACAUGAUAACGUCAUUACUGUUACUCAUCUAAAUACGACCAAGUUACAAACUACAGAAUUAAAAACUAAUACCAAGACAGCUAAAUCAAAUAUCCCAAUUGAUUAUACCAAUCUUUAUAUUAAAAAUCUGGACCUUGAAGUUAAAAGUGCCGAUCUGUUUAAGCAUUUUCGGAAAUAUGGCCACAUCAUAUCAGCACGAGUUAUGAAGCAUCCACAAACAAAGCAAUCUAGAGGAUUCGGAUUUGUCAGUUUUUCAAAGACCGAAGAGGCUAUGCAGGCCAAGGAAGAAAUGAAUGGCCAAUUUAUCGCUUCCAAGCCUAUCAUUGUAGCCUUCCAUGAACCUAAGAAGGCUAAGAGUGAAGACAAUCAGAGUCCGGAUAGCAACAGUAGCAACCAUUCUGCACCUGUUGCUUCAUAUCAUCCUAGGUCAACUACGCCCACAGAUAAGCCCAAGUAUAAUAGUAGUAUGAACAAUAAUGCAUAUAAUAAUGGAUUACCACUCAAGCGACAAGUUUCAGCACCUAUCCACCAUCAACCCACUUAUACCCCUUCCGGUUUGUUCAUUCCUGCCCCUCUUCCAACUCAGCAAAAUAGGCCCACAUUACGCCGAAGCGGUUCUAUUGAGUCAGUUACCACUGCAAUGACCGAAACAAACUCUCAGCUGAAGAGACAAGCCAUUAUCCAAGCUAUUUUCACGAUGAAUCAACAUGAGCAAAACCUUCAAGAUAUUGUUGACAUGCUGCUGACUUUAAAGAAAAAGGACCUGGCUACUUGUUUAUUUAAUAAGGCAUUCCUAUUGGCAAAGAUUAAGCAAGCCAAGGAAGCACUUGAAAUAUUUCAAGAAGAGGAGCAACAACAACAACCGCUUCAACAACAGCAGCAACAACAGCAAAUACAAAUGCAAAACUUUUAUUACCAUUUACCUAAUAUCGAAAUUCCUCCAAGAUGUUCUCGUGCUAUUCCGAUUGUUGCACCGCCUGAUGCGGGCGUAAAGCCUAAAAAGCAAAAGGAAUCUGAUUCGAAGGACUUGAAAGAAGAGAUUGAAAAAUUUUUGGAAACAUUAAAAGAUUUGGCGUCAUAUGAGCAAAAACAGUUACUGGGUGACAGACUCUUUCCGCUUGUCAAAGCUACUGGUGUGAAACAUGCUCCAAGGGUAACCAUUCGUUUAUUAGAUACAAUAUCCAUUCAAGAAUUAGCUCAUUCAAUGUAUGAUAAGCACAAAUUACAACAACUCGUAAAUAAUGCACCAAUCAAUAAAUAAGUUUAUUCCCCCCUUUUGUCUUACCUUUAUUUUGAAGUACACAUAUUGAUGCAUUUCUUUGAAAAUAAAUUAAUACAUACACAUAUAUAUCUCGAAUCAUAUAUAAUAUUUUCUUAAACAUUAUCUGUAUCAAAUUUAGCUGUGAGAUACUUGUACCUGUUCACAUGGGUAUCACUCAAUUUUUUGUAAGGGAAUAAAAAGCAAG